GACCACAAUCUCAGCAGUCACCACUCAUCACUCAUCUGCUUAUUUUAAAUAUUAAUUUUCUUUACAUAUAUAUAUAUAGAAUUUCCAUUUGGAGAAGAGAGACAGAGAGUUGCAGAGAAUACUGAUGACAGGAGCAAUCAAGAAGCCAUGAACGAAGGUGAAGCUGAAGUUGAAGCUCUCACAUGAGGGACACUUUCUCUAUCUAGAUAGCACCUUUCUACCUUCCUCUCUUCUCUUAUCUUCCUCAAUCCAUUUAUUAAUUCACCAAAUGUGUGACUGAGGGAGAGAGAAAGUAGAAUACAAGAACGGAAAGCGUAACAUGGCGACGUACUUUCAUGGAAGCACUUCGGAGAUUCAAUCUUCUGCAGAUGGCUUGCAAACGCUUUACCUUAUGAACCCAUCUUACGUACCUUAUGCUGACGCGCCGCACCACCCAACACUUCUCGUCAAUUCCAACGCUACCAACGCGCUCAACCUCGCCACUCUCACCCACGCGCCGCCGGUGUCGCCUUCCCCCAACCAGCAGCAGCACGUGAUUCACGGCGUCGCAAACAUCCUCGGAUCCGGGAAUUCCGAUGACCACGCUCACACCCGACCGUCGUUGUUCGGGGAAAACAUCGCCGCUUUCCACGGCUUCUCCGGCGUGGCCUCCUCCGCCGCCGCCCCUCGCCUUCACUAUAACCUCUGGGGCUCGGGGGUUGAUCAACCUGGAACGCCUUCUAGCAGCUCCGGCGGUGGCGGUUUCCGGCGGCCCAGUCAGCAGGGGUUGUCUCUCAGCCUUUCUUCACAGCAAACGAAUUUCAGGUCAGUUUCUGGCGAGCUUGAUAUUGCCGGACAGGGCCACGUCGCCGGAACCGGGAACUCGCCGUCGUCGGCUGCGUCGACAGGAGUUUCCGGCCUGAUUCUGGGGUCGAAGUAUCUGAAAGCCGCGCAGGAGCUUCUGGAUGAAGUUGUUAACGUAGGAAAAGGAAUCUACAAAGAGGAAAAGUUCUCAGAGAAGGUGAAAGCGAGUAGAGAAUCUAAUAAUUCCGGUGCUGGUGGUGGCGAUGGCUCGAGUGGUGGAGGAGAAAACAGUGCAGGGAAACAAGUGGUCGAACUCAGCACCGCUCAAAGACAAGAACUUCAGAUGAAGAAGUCGAAGCUUGUGAACAUGCUCGAUGAGGUGGAACAAAGGUACAGGCAAUAUCACCACCAAAUGCAAAUUGUGGUAUCAUCGUUUGAGCAAGCUGCGGGUUAUGGAGCUGCAAAAUCAUACACUGCCCUUGCCCUAAGGACUAUCUCAAAGCAAUUCCGGUGCCUUAAAGAUGCAAUCUCUGCGCAAAUCAAAGCCACGAGCAAGACAUUGGGUGAAGAUGAUUGCUUGGGAGUGAAAGUUGAAGGGUCAAGGCUGAGAUAUGUUGAUCACCAUCUCAGGCAACAAAGGGCACUGCAGCAGCUAGGAAUGAUUCAGCCCAAUGCAUGGAGGCCACAAAGAGGCUUGCCAGAACGCGCCGUUUCAAUUCUUCGCGCUUGGCUUUUUGAGCAUUUUCUUCACCCCUAUCCAAAGGACUCCGAUAAAGUCAUGCUUGCUAAACAAACUGGACUGGCUAGAAGCCAGGUGUCAAACUGGUUCAUCAAUGCCCGGGUUCGGCUGUGGAAGCCAAUGGUUGAAGAAAUGUACAUGGAAGAAAUGAAAGAUCAUGAACAAGCUAACGGCUCAGAAAACACCAGAUCGAAAGAACUGAACAAGGAGUUGGGAUCAACAGCAAAUGUUGCACCAGAAUCAGGAGCCAUUAAACGAGACAAUCUUCAACCAAAGCAAGAUAGCUUCAACAACCAAAACACUUCUCCAAAUGAAAUCUCAGCAAACUCUUCAAUGUCUCCUAUGGGAGGGUCCCUUCAAUCCCACUCCGGUUUUCAUCUUGCAGGAUCAUCCGAGGUGCAUACGAGUCCCAACAAACCAAGAAGUUCUGAAAUGCAAAACUCUCCAAGUAGUAUCCUCUCAGUGGACAUGGAAAUGAAGCACAAUAUUGGUGAGCAUGCAAACACCAGAGAAGCAAUUGAAAGGCACCACAAAGAUGGAUACCCUUUGAUGAGUGGCAAUGCAAACCAUAGUGGGGGUUUUGGAGCGUUCACCAUGGAAGACAUCGGAAACAGGUUCAACGUCAGCACUGAGCAACUGGCUUCAAGGUUCCAUGGAAAUGGUGUUUCUCUCACACUAGGCCUUCCCCACAAUGAAAACCUUUCUAUGUCAGGAACUCCGCAUGGAUUUCUCUCACAGAAUAUUCAUUUGGGAAGGAGACUUGAGAUGGGAACGAGUGGGAACGAGUUUUGUUCUAUCAACACUCCACCUUCGUCUCACUCGGGAACAACUUAUGAGAGCAUUGACAUUCAAAACAGAAAGAGGUUUGUUGCUCAGUUAUUACCUGAUUUCGUGGCCUAAGAACUGGUAGAAAAUAUUGGAAAAUUUAUGAGAAAAAUCUCAGUUCUGAUGAGUGUUGAAUUUCUCUGAAGACUUGUUAACUUGGCAGAAGAUUUAGCUUGCUGCACAAGAAAAGAAAUUGAGAGGUAUAUAUAUGUUGUUUUCAUAGACACAUGGAAAUGUAGCUUGAUUCUGGUAUACUGAAAUUCCUGGCAUGGGAGGGGAUGCUUGCUCCCUGUAAAGAUUGAUAGUAGUAUAGGAUUAUACUUUCAGAAAUUUAAGUUAGCUUAAUUAUAGGAUCCAUAAAGUUGGGGAGGGAGUAUAUAUUUAUAUAUUGUAUAUGGUAUUGAUGCAGCAGAAGGAUUGAUGAUUUCUUUUCA